AUGGCUAAGCACUUUCUCCUGCUGAAUCUGAUAGCAGUAACUUUCGGCUGUGUUGUGUUAGCUUUUGAGCCAAGUCCCUUGCAAGAUUUCUGUGUGGCUGAUCCUGCUAGCCCAGGUAACAAAAAUAAUCAGUAUCCGCGAGACACAAUAAAUGAAUUUUCUAACUGUAUUUUUUCCAUUGUUUCAGCUAAGGUAAAUGGUUUAGCUUGCAAAGAUCCCAAGUCUGUUGAAGCAGAUGACUUUUUCUUCAGUGGCCUACAUUUGACUGGAAACACAUCAAACACCUUUGGUUCCAAGGUCACUCCUGUUAAUGUAGCUCAAUUACCAGGACUUAACACUCUUGGUAUCUCACUAGUUCGUGUCGACUAUGCACCAUGGGGAAUUAAUCCUCCUCACACUCACCCAAGAGCUACUGAGAUACUCACAGUCCUAGAAGGUUCUCUUCAAGUUGGUUUUGUAACUUCAAAUCCUGAAAAUCGCCUUAUUACUAAGGUCCUUAAAAAAGGCGAUACGUUUGUUUUUCCUAUUGGACUUGUUCACUACCAACGCAACGUGGGAUAUGGAAAUGCUGUUGCUAUUGGUGCUUUGAGUAGUCAGAAUCCCGGUGUUAUAAGCAUUGCUAAUGCUGUUUUCGGAUCGGAGCCGUUUAUCUCAACAGGUGUUCUUGCCAAGGCUUUUCAAGUUGAUGACACUGUCGUUGCUCAGAUCCAAUCAAAGUUCUAAAUCACAAAGUUUUCUUACAAAUAGACUUAUGGAAGCUUGAGAGUAUUUGUUUUUUGUUUUGUGUGUGAU